AAAUGACAUGCAACCCGCCGUUGCUGAUAGAAGUGCUACUAGACUACUAUCGCAUUGCCCCCCUCAGAUCGCGACCAGUAUUCGUUCUAUAUCGUCAAUGAUCUCAACGAAGACGAUGCAUAUAAAAAAUUGCCACUGCCCGCCCCCUCGUCCCCCUUCCGAUUCUACGCAGGCACGCCAUUGACAACGACGAAGAAGGAAAAUAUCGGGACCUUUUUCGUGCUAGACACGGAACCGCGAAAUGGUCUGACGGAUAGUGAGAAGUCGACCAUGGGGACGCUCGCCACCUUGGUCAUGGACUACCUGAGAGUCAGCCGGCAAGCAUCAGAGGGACGGCGCGCCGCACGAUUAUCCCAUGGGCUAGCCUGUUUUGUUGAGGGGAGCUCCAGUCUGGUUAAUACGCCUUCGACCAAGACUCUCAAGCUGCCAACUCCGUUAACCUCUGCGGGAACAUCUCGCGCCGAUUCCUUGUGUACCAACACCCCGCCUUUAUCCUCACGCGGCCGUGGAAGCAGUAGAGAGGGUGGUGCCGGUAGGUCACGCAGCGGUGGUGCAGAGUUGGAACGGUGCAGCACUGUGUCGGAAGAGAAGGCGGAAACGGGUUCAUCCGACAUAACGCUGCCCGAAUGGCUCAACGGCAAAGGUGAAGCGAAAAUCGGGCCGGAGGAGGUGCAUGGCAAUCUGUGGGCGUUCCGGAGAGCGGCCAAUUUGCUUCGGGAGAGUCUGGAAAUCGGACAGGAAGGCGGCGUGAUUUUCUUGGAGAGCAGCUCAAGCCCCUGGCUCGAUGUCGAUUCGGGAAGGGAUGACUACUUCGCCGAGGCCAUCGCCCCAGCACCUGUUCUGGCUGUGUCCACCAACGACGAGCCAUUUGCACCGGAACCAGGGUCGACGGCGUCCUGUGAAGCAGCCAACUUCAGCCGUCGCUUUCUACAGCAGUUGCUGAAGCGUUAUCCGAAGGGGAAGAUCUGGAGCUUCCACGAUGAUCGGACUCUGUUCACGUCGGAUGAUGAAAAAUCUCAUGAGGAUGCGCCGGAGGACUCUCAACCCUCUGUCAAAACCACCAAAGCUCCGGAAAUGAAAGCAAGGGAGAAAAAGAAGUGGAAAUCGACAGAAACUGCAAUGCUCAACGCCUACUUCCCCGGUGCUAAUCAGAUCCUCUUCGUCCCUCUCUGGAACCCUGCCAGUUCCCAGUGGUUCGCCGGGUGCUUCUGCUGGAACAAGGUCGAGACGCAAGUUUUCUCCUCUGCAGUGGAGCUGAGCUCAGUGAUGGGCUUUGGCUCGUCCAUCAUGGCAGAAUGCAGCCGCGUGGAGUCUUUGAUCGCGGAUCGCCAGAAGGGGGAUUUCAUCGGCAGCAUUUCACAUGAGCUACGAAGCCCUCUUCAUGGCAUCCUAGCCGCCGCAGAGUUCCUCGAUGGGACGCACCUCAACGAUUUCCAGAAAUCCCUACUGGAUACGAUCAAUGCCUGCGGACGGACGCUGCUGGAUACGAUGAAUCAGGUCCUAGAUUUCAGCAAGAUUGUGGCACUGGAAAAGAGCUGGCGAUUGAUGAGACGUAGCAAGGACACGCCACGGGAGAUCAAGAGCUCCGAGAAUAUUUCUGCUUACUUGGAUACGUACGUCGCAACGGAUGUGGCGCUCUUAGCGGAAGAAGUGGUGGAAGGUGUCUGUCUGGGUCACUCGUAUGGGCGAGUCAGCACGGCAGGCGACGUGGCUCUCCCCGGCGACCGCGAUAGUCGAUCCCUGUCGCAGCUUCGAGAAGCCAGCGACCGUCCUGGCCUCCAGAUCAUUCUCGAUGUGGCCAAUGGGGACUGGACUUAUAAGACUCAGCCGGGUGCGCUGCGUCGGAUCAUCAUGAAUAUUUUCGGAAACGCCAUGAAAUAUACGGAUAAAGGACUGAUCACAGUGCGAUUGGAGUCAACAGUUAUCGGAAAUAUCUCUCCCACGACUCCCACAGGAUCAAACAAGAAAGAGAUUGUCGUUGUGACCGUGUCAGACACCGGGAAGGGCAUCUCAGAUGAGUUCCUCCGCGGCCGCCUAUACACGCCUUUUGCUCAAGAAGAUACCUUGGCUGUUGGAACAGGCAUGGGCUUGUCUAUCGUACGGAGCAUCGUCAAGACUCUUGGUGGCAGCAUUCAUAUUCGCAGUCGCCCCGGGGAGGGUACCACUGUCAGAGUGUCAUUGCCCCUAGGGCGACCAGGAGUAGAUGACGUUGUACCGGAGACGCCCCGAUUGCAGAGGAGCCCAAAGGAUAUGUGCGUCGCACUCCGUCAGCUCCAGGAGAGUUACAAGGGUCGGAAAGUUGCCAUCUAUGGGUAUAACUCAGAGUCUGUUCACGCUGAUACGGACCGGCUGACUAUUCUUGCGCGCUAUGUCACCGAUUGGUUUGGUCUGGAUCUUGUCAAUUGGCCGCCUACCUGCCCGAUCGAUGUUCUUCUUGCAGACGAAAAUGUCAACGUCGAGGAUGUGAAACACCAGGUUCCGGCAUAUCUACCAUGUGUUCUGAUCCUCUGGAGCAAUACGAUCAACUACAACAAGACAACCAGAGAUUGGUCAACCCUUGCGACUUUCGUGGACUUUAUCCACAGGCCGACAGGGCCCCAUAAACUGUCCAGAGCUCUUGUCCGAUGUCUGGGGCGAUCUCGGGCCCCGCUUCCCAUUUCCAAGACAGUGCAGGAUCAACGCACUAUGCUGUUGGAAAAUGCAGGGCCAACGGGCCUGUCGCCAGACGAUCAACCGAAGACGGCAGGUAGAUCGAAGAGUUCAGAUGUUUCGCAGCGAUCACAGACGAGCUCACCUCAGGAGGGCAUCACAUCACCGGCUGCGCCUGGUGUGACAGAUCUGUCUUAUCCAACGUCAUCGGGAGAUUCACAGCGCUCUCUCGAAAUUCGGGAAGGACGGUUUGCAAGGAGAUCCCUACCCACGGUCCCCAUCAUUGAUACAGAAAACCCUCUUGCUGCUCGCCCACCUGCGCCUUCUCUGUCAGGUAGAAGUAGCUCCGUUGAAUCCAACCGGGCCACACGAGUCCUUGUCGUGGAUGACAACCGAAUCAAUCUGCGGUUGAUGCUCACAUUCAUGAAGAAACGAGACUUCGCCGUUUUGGAUGCGGCUGAAAAUGGCAAGAUGGCAGUCGAUGCCGUGGAGCGCAUGCAGGAGGGGUACAAUAUUAUCUUUAUGGACAUCUCGAUGCCUGUGAUGAACGGUUUCGAAGCGACACGAGCGAUUCGCGCUCUAGAGAGAGAGCGUGACGGCUGUGGCCCUGCCACGAUCAUCGCGCUAACUGGACUGACGAGUGCUCGCGACGAGACCGAAGCACUAUCGUCAGGAGUGGAUCUGUUCCUGACCAAGCCAAUUUCUUUCAAAGAAGUCUCUCGGCUAUUAGACGAAUGGCAGCAGAAGCCACGUGAUGGAUUGCUCUCCCCGUCUUCCGAGGAGGACAAAGAGCAAGAGAAAAAGUCAUAAUAAUACGUUACGCACCGGCUGUAGAUCAGCCGAUGUUUUAUGAGUUGAUAUCACGAGCAUACGGGGGGAUGGUAUCAGCGGCGUUCUGGUG